AUCAGGCCCGCCUCUCCCGGGCUAGGUUCUGCCCCUCCAUCACUUUGCACUUUGCCCCGCCUCGCAAUUAGCGCCCGUCCUCCAAAUGCACCUCAACUGCAGCUGCGAGCUCAAUUCCUUUGUGAGACUGAAGUGAGGCUGCGCUCUGAUUGCUGACCCAUACGUGCUUGUUUCUACUCUGCGACUAAGCCUCGAACCUCUAGAGCUCCCUCUUGCAUCUUCUUCUUUCUCAGUUCUCCACGUCGACUGUUGCAGGCCCCGGAGCAUCAGUUCACUUCUCACACAGCAGAUCAACAUGUCCUACUACCCAGGUCAAGGAUAUCAAGGAGGAGGCGGCGGUUACGGAUACGCUCCUCCUCCUGGACCUCCUCCUCCCCAGCAAGAAUACGGCGGUUAUUCUGGAGGCCAUUCUGGAGGUCAGAGAUAUCCUCCUCCGUCAUACCCUCCUCCUCCCGGCCUUGACGCAUACGGCUAUCGCCUCCCACAAGGCCAGCACCACUAUGCUGAGCACGCUCGAGCCGGUCCACCUCCUCCAUCUACGCCCCAACAGUUUGGUCACGGAGCUCCCGAAGGCUAUACUUUCCAGUAUUCCAACUGUACCGGUCGUCGCAAGGCUCUUCUGAUUGGCAUCAACUACUUCAACCAGGAGGGAGAGCUUCGAGGCUGCAUCAAUGAUGUACACAACGUGUCGGCCUUCCUUGUUGAGCGGUAUGGCUACAAGAGAGAGGACAUGGUCAUUCUGACCGAUGAUCAAUCCAACCCAGCCAUGAUUCCUACCCGCGAAAACAUGAUUCGCGCCAUGGGCUGGCUUGUGUCAAACGCACAGCCCAACGAUGCCCUGUUCCUCCACUACUCUGGUCACGGUGGUCAGGUCGAAGACUUGGAUGGCGAUGAAGAUGACGGAUACGACGAAUGCAUCUACCCCGUUGACCACACCGAAGCUGGUCCCAUCAUUGAUGAUGAGAUUCAUUUCCGUGUCGUGAAGCCCUUGGUACAAGGUGUUCGUCUCACUGCCAUUUUUGACUCGUGCCAUUCAGCCACGGUCAUGGAUCUCCCAUACGUCUACUCAACAAAGGGUGUUCUCAAAGAGCCCAACCUAGCCAAGGAAGCUGCAUCAGGCCUCUUUGACGCCUUCAGAGCAUACUCUAGUGGAGAUAUUGCGGGCGCUGCUGGUUCUGUUUUCGGCCUGGCAAAGACCGCCUUCCGAGGUGACGAUGCGUACGAGAAGACCAAGGACACGCGAACAUCGCCUGCCGAUGUUAUCAUGUGGUCAGGAAGCAAAGAUGACCAGACAUCAGCCGACGCCACUAUUAAUGCUCAGGCGACUGGCGCCAUGUCGUGGGCAUUCAUUUCAGCAAUCAAGGCAAAUCCUAAGCAGAGCUAUGUCGAAUUGCUCAACAGUGUUCGCGACAUUCUGGAGACAAAGUAUACCCAGAAGCCACAACUGUCGAGUAGCCAUCCGAUCGAUACUGACCUCUUGUUUAUUAUGUGAGGUAUUGGAGCUUGGACCACGAUGAUUCAAUACAGUGAGCAAAUGUAUGUGGCAGUGGAAGAUGCAAUGACUGGCGACACCAGCAUUUGAUGAUAACUUUGAUGAAUGAACGUAUGAGUGGAUGAACAUUGAAGCCGUCGCAGUGGAUGAUGGACCUCACGCCAACAGGUGACACGACAUGCCUACCUACAAAAUAAACGGAGUUUUACUGUAUCACAUUUUGAGAUCUCCAGUUGAACCAAAAAGGACCGCAAAAAGAGAUCAAUCGUAUCAUUUGUAUAGGAACAGCCCGAUGCGGGGGUCGAACCCGCAACCUUGAGAUGGUGUACUCAUUUAAGAGUCUCACGCUCUACCGAUUGAGCUAACCGGGCCUCAAACGAGGCUUGUUUGGUGAUAUCCGGGCAACUGGAAAUUGAGAAUAUUGAGUACCUGCCUACUUUGGUGAGCAGAUUCGUGCGGGCGGCUAGUAUCCAUUGUGCAGCACUUAUCUCUCCAAAUAUACCGCUCAAUCUGGAGUCUUCAGCUCAGCCGUAUACCUGGCGCGGUUAAUUGCAGGUCGGAUCCGUUGGAGGCCUUAUGGCGUGCGUCAGAGCUCACAUGUUCCUUGAUUGAAACCCGCAGAGGUAUGUCAUAUGCUCGAGAGGCAUGCCUGGCGCACCGGUGAACGGAACUCAACAACAGGAUCAGCGAUAAACCACUCCUAUGGAAGUGGUCGGAUACGUUGGUAGAUAUCUCGAACCAUUCUUACAAGUGUGCGCUUAAAGCUUGUGUUCUUGUCAAAGAACCGAGAUGGAUCUGAGGUGUACUUCGUAAAGGCAAGCAAUUGUAAUGAAUUUCGGAGUCAGGAUCAUUGCCGGGCCAAAACCAAAACUCAAUUAAGAAAGAAACUGAACUGAACUGAACUGAUGUUGAUCAACUUGUUACUUGAUCCCGUCUGUACGACAAUGCUGACACUUCAUCUCCUGCACAAUCUGACCCUUGCAUUUCCCC